AUGUCCUCCUCGCUGCUUCGUGUGCCAAAGAAGGCAGCCCUGACAGCUCUGCGCGGGCUGAUCGCCGGCACCUCCUGCACACUUCUCCUCGUCACCGAAGACCGCCGCCGUCGCAUCAACCAAGCCCGCAGCGCCAUAGAAAAUGCUGAGAAACUCUGCGUGGUGAAGCAGUAUCACGCGACAAGGUCUGCUCUCCAUCAAGAGCACGGUCGCCUUUCCGCCCUGGAUAGUCUUGAAGAGGAGCUCUCGUCCGUUGCGUUUAGGGAAUCAAAAUGGAGCGACUACAAGAGCUGGACGAGCUCACUUAGCGACGAUCCGGGAGAUGAAUGGGAGGAACCCGCUCCAACAACCUCUCAAGGCGAACAGACAAGUCGUCCGCGCCGCUCGCCUCGUUCCUACCCUGGCCCCGAUGUAAAUAUUUUCAGUCAGAUCACGAAAUCGACGGCAUCAGCGCAGCCAAUUCCCGCCCACUCACAAGUCAACACCCAGACCGGUCCUCUUCCCAACCUCGGCGUUGAUGAGAAUGUCAGGCGAAUGAGGGAAGCGGUCGUCUUAGGCGAUGCCCAAAGCCUCGAGGCUGCCGUUGGUAUUCUGAAGAAGACCGUUCAGAGGAGCGGUCUCACAAAUCUCGACAAGACAAUGCUAGUCGAGGCAGCUGCACCACUUUGCCAGAAAUGCCAAGAAGCAGGCAUGUUGGACCACUCUGAGGAAAUCCUUUACUGUACUGUUCAACUUGGGCCCAUGUCCGGGGCUCAGUACUAUGCCUUCAAUCCACAGCUCCUCGUCGAAUCGGCUACUACUGCGGCCACAGAAGCAACAAUCACCAAGAGUGAGACCCUCGAGACUAAGGACGAGGACCGCUCUGCCGCAAAGCAGAAGCUCAGUCGGGCCCUGACUCUGUUCAUGCCACGCUUCAAAGACAAAACUUCGAUCAGCCCACGCUCACACGACUGGCAGCAAAAUGCCGAAAAGUUGAUGCAACUGGCAUUCGAUCUCGACAUGGGCGAUCGGGCUGCAGAUGUCUUCUGGCGUAUCCAGUUCUACGGCGGGGAUGCGGAUGCUUUGGUGACCCGGCGUUUCAUGGCGUGUCUUUCCGAGAAGAAAGAUUUCAAUCGCGUCGUCAAUACCUUCAGUUUGACACGUCACAAACUUUCCCAGGCCUCUAGCGAGACGUGGUAUAGCAUUGGCAAUCUUGUGACAGACGCAGUGGAAGCUGCCGCCAAGCAGAAACCAGCGAAGGUGCUCCUACAUCUACUGCAGAAUUGCCCCACGGAUCGCCAUGUCCGCACGACAUGGGCCACUCAACUCUUGUACUGUCACUGGAAACGAGGACGGGAUUUUGAAGCGACAACAGCCUUAUUUGACGAAUUUGGAAAUAUGCACAGCGGCAGACUGGGCCUCAGUUUGGUCCGUUUUCCAGAUGGCGUGCUUCGCGUCAUGCUUCAAAUCGCCGUGGAGGCAGAACAAUGGCAAGCCGUGGAUGACAUCCUUGCCCGAUUGCAACAGAUCAAGCCGUCGUCAUGUAAGGAUGCUCGCAUUCUAGGACUACUUGCGUUGGCAAAGGCCAAGGUUGGCGACUGGAACGGGGUAUUGGCCGACUUCAAGAAAAUGGAGGUGAAAGACCGCAUCGACGACGUCUUCGUUCCUGUCCUCAAAGAAUUCAUCAAAACACAUACGAUCAGUGAGACUGAGGAGUUCAUGAAAGCCUACAUUACCGACUUGAAGGUACCAGUCUGCCGGUACAUGGUCAAUGUGGUCGCCAACCAGUACGGCGCCAUCCGCAACGUUGAGCUCUUUGUUAAUUGGCUUGACUACUGCAGCCUGGCCGGGUUUGAAGUCGACGCAGCCUUCAGUAAUGCCAUCCUCGUCAAUUGCAAGCGCAGAUGGGACUUCAGCUUUGAGGAGCUGAGGAUUAUCUAUCGCAAAUUGAAGCUUCUCAGCCGCAACUUUGUCGACACUUUGACAGAAAACACUAUGGUCGUUGCGGCGAUGAGGGCGAGGCAUCACACCAGGUCGGCAUUUCGCAGGAACAUCACGCUUCUGGGCAUCAAAAGCCGAGGCGUAUCUUCCGUGACAAUAUCCUCUAGUUCGCAAGAUGUACGGAUUGAGAUGAGGGAAGCCAUGGCUCUACGCCAGUAUAGGACUGUCUGUGGAAUUUACAAGACAGGACUGGCCCGAGGAAUUGCGCUCGAUGGCGGUCAUGUGCAAUUGGCUGUGAAGGCAGCGCUCAAAAUUGACCGAGGGAACCCACAGACGGCUUACGAUAUAAUCACUGCGGCAAAAGCACGAGGGGUCGAUGUCAGCACGGCGAUCGGGCCGGUGUUCUUCUCUCUACUGCGACAAGUCUCUCGAGGGGAACGAUCAAACAAGAACGACUUCUUGCGUCAGGUCCAGAGCCUGAUUAGCCGAUUUGAGUCGAGCGGACUCAGUCUCCCACCCGCAGCCUUCACGCGCGCCGCGCAUGUCUGCUUGGGGGCGCGCCACUUUCAGGGCGCAGUGUCGCUUGCCAUGUCGGGUCUAGAACGCAAGGGCGUGUCAUAUCCCUGGGAUGGCCCGACCUUCUCCCUCUUCCUGUUGGCCUUUACGCACAUGGCUGAUCUCAAGGGAAUGAAGUGGGCCAUCGCGGGGGCAUGGCAGGAGCCCUUCUUCCAUAAAAAGACCGUACUCAGGGCGCUGAAAGACUCGCGCGGCUUAUUGGCCAAGUCUAUACAGACGAACGACGUGCGGAAGGCCGUUGACGUGCUAGACAAAGCACUGGACAUGGUUUUGCGAGUGCGGUAUGCGCUGGCCAAAGAGCGCAAGGACCUAGAGAAAGACACUAUGGAGAUCAUGAGGCAGGCGGCCCUAGAAGCCGAGCAACGGGCUCGCAGUGACCACGACCCAGAAGGAGGUGAUAGUGGGGGCGUAGAUCCCGAAUUCGCCAGAAGGCGGGAUGAGCUCCUGCGGGAGUUCGACGAACAGCAACGGCAAGAGGAGGAGGCCGAAAGGAUGCAGCUCGCCGCGAGGCGGGCCGAGAUGAGAGAAAGAGCUCUGGCCGUCGAGAUGUUCGAGUCGGAGCAGACCGAAGAGGCGGAUGAGAUGGAGAAGACGAUGAUGGAGCGCAAGUACGAGAUUGGCGGGGGAUUCUAA